AUGACGAUGAGGUUGUCCCGUUCUCUCCCUCUGCCGUCACCACCAAUGUCUCUACGACAAUACCAACCAGUACUGCGCAUGCGACUAGCAUGUACUCUGACUACACCAUGCCCGACUAUGGCCAUAUCGACACAGACGCCAACUCAUCAUUGCUAAACACAUACUCAACCUCUCAUUCCGCAUCAAAGCGGACAGACUCGUUUGCAACAUCGCCCAACUUCCGCCCUUGCAUACCGAAAAAGUCGAUAUCACCAGAGAUGUAUGCAGUAACCCCGACGACAUCUGUUUCGCCAAACUUUGCACCAUCGACCCCAGUAUCAGCGAAUAACACACCCACGGCGACGUCGCCCAAUUUUGUUUCUUCAAUGGCAUCGCCGGUAAUGUUUCGCGAGUUCCCGUCAUUGGCCGCUGGGAACUCUACCACAAACUUUCCGCCAUCAUUGGCGUCACCACAUCCGUCGUGGGCAAAGAAGGUGAGCUCGACUGAGGAAUGAUUUAUUUUGAAAAUCGGGUGGUUAAUCCUGUCUUUGUUAAAAAAAAAUGACACUCUGAAAAAGGUAAACCCCACUACACGAGUUUAUUUUGCAUGCUAGUGGGUCUAGGGGGAAUUGGGCACACACAUUUGUAAUUGCAUUCAUCUUGCAUAGGAGCAUUGGGAAAGAAAGGACCAAACAAUUCAAGGGAACAACAAAAAGGGUCAAUAUGGGAAGAUGGGGGGGAGUAACAUAAGAGGGAAACUGUAUUUCUGGCGCAACGGG